GGGGGACUGUUAUUACUGUGUUUCUGGACUGACUCAACCCAAGACGGACCAUGCUCACUGCUGUGUGGAAAUGGGUCUAGACAUGAUUGACACCAUAACGUCAGUAGCAGAGGCCACAGAAGUAAACCUUAACAUGCGUGUGGGCUUGCACACGGGACGAGUGCUGUGUGGAGUGCUGGGCCUCAGGAAGUGGCAGUAUGAUGUGUGGUCAAAUGAUGUGACGCUGGCCAAUGUGAUGGAAGCAGGAGGACUACCGGGGAAGGUUCACAUCACCAGAUCAACGCUCGAGUGCCUAAAUGGAGAUUAUGAGGUGGAGCCUGGAAAUGGUCACGAAAGGAAUGCCUUCCUUCAAAAGCAUGAAAUAGAAACUUUCUUUAUUGUGCCAUCUCACCGACGAAAGAUAUUCCCAGGAUUGAUUCUUUCGGAUAUAAAGCCUGCCAAAAAAAUGAAGUUCAAAACUGUGUGCUACUUACUGGUGCAGCUCAUGCACUGCAGGAAGAUGUUCAAGGCUGAGAUUCCCUUCUCCAAUGUCAUGAACUGCGAGGACGGUGACAAGCGGAGGGCCAUGCGUACAGCUCCACAGAAGCUGAGGAACCACAACAAUGCUAACCAGGCUAACGUGAUCCAGAGCAGUCCCAGAACCAGGGUCAACCGCUACAUUGGUCGGCUGAUCGAGGCCCGCCAGACCGAGUCGGACACAGCAGACCUCAACUUCCUCACACUCAUGUAUAAGUGCUCUGAGCGCGAGCAGAAGUACCACCAGGUUCCUGAUGAGUACUUCACCAGCGCAGUGGUCCUCUCUCUGAUCCUAGCUGCCUUGUUUGGCCUUGUUUAUCUUCUCAUCAUACCCCAGGGCACAGUGGUACUUGUCCUCCUCGUCUUCUGCAUCUGCUUCCUAGUUACUUGUAUUAUGUACCUCCAUAUUACUAGAAUACAGUGUUUUCCAGGGUGCCUGACCAUUCAGAUUCGUACAGCUCUCUGUAUUCUCAUAGUGCUCUUAAUCUACGCUGUGGCCCAGGCCUGUGUUGUGGGCUGUAUGCCCUGGUGGUGGGGUAGUGCCAAUACAAACAGCUCCAUCGUCAUCAUCGAUGUGGACAGCGAAGCUAACCGCACCAUGACGGAGAUGCCCUGUGACGGGGCCCGCUAUGCCUUCCUCUCCUGUGUGGUGGGCACCCUCACCUUGGCACUUUUCCUGCGUAUCUCUUGGCUGCCAAAGAUGGCGCUGAUGCUCCUUGUAGGGGUGCUGUAUGUCACCGUGCUGGAGCUCAGCGGCUUUCGCAAGACUGCAGGGUGAGGGCCUGGGGGGUCCUUCCACAUCCGGGGCUACGAGCCCAUCCUGUCUCUGUUGCUCUUUGUCAGUGCGCUGGCCCUCCACUCCAGGCAACUUGACCUCAAACUGCGCUUGGACUUCCUUUGGGCUGUGCAGGCAGAGGAGGAAAGGGACGGGAUGGAGAAAGUAAAGCUGGACAAUCGGAGGAUCCUCUUCAAUCUACUGCCUGCCCACGUGGCUCAGCACUUCUUAAUGUCAAACCCUAGAAACAUGGUGAGCCACGCUAACAAACAGGCAGGCAGUCAGACAGACAAACAGGAUCUGUAUUAUCAGUCCUACGCUCAAGUCGGUGUCCUAUUUGCCUCAAUCCCGAACUUUAAUGAUUUCUACAUUGAACUGGACGGCAACAACAUGGGAGUGGAGUGCCUGAGGCUGCUGAAUGAAAUCAUCGCUGACUUUGAUGAGCUCAUGGAUAAGGAAUGCUACAAAGACAUUGAGAAAAUCAAAACCAUUGGCAGCACAUACAUGGCAGCCGUGGGACUCGUCCCCACUGUUGGAAACAAGGAGAAAAAAUUGGUUUAUGACCACGUGAGCACAUUAGCAGACUACGCCAUCGAAAUGUUUGACGUCUUGGAUGAAAUCAACUACCAAUCAUACAACGAGUUUGUCCUGAGAGUGGGUAUCAAUGUGGGUCCAGUAGUUGCAGGGGUGAUUGGUGCACGGAGGCCUCAGUAUGACAUCUGGGGUAACACGGUCAAUGUGGCGAGUCGGAUGGACAGCACUGGUGUUCCAGGAAAAAUACAGGUCACUGAGGAGGUUUAUCGGCUACUGAACACCAACUAUGACCUGGUCUGCCGUGGCAAGGUCAGCGUAAAAGGCAAAGGUGAGAUGUUGACUUACUUCCUGGAAGGGAAGGUGCAGGGCAUUGGCACAGCAACCACUUCAUCAGUGAUGCGUUCUGCCAGCUUAGCACGCCGCAUCCACUCCUGUGGCAAGACCAGCGUCCCAACCAAUCUGGGCAGCGUCUCCUCCGCUGCCAGCCUGAGCGUGGCUCACACGAGCACAGCCAGCAAUGUUCAGAUUAACAUUGGCAACAGCCAAGCGACAAGCCUGCCCUCUUCCUGCGUGCCUGCAGUGGGUGAGGAGGAAGAUGAAGAGGACAUAGAGGUGACGCAGAUCCAAAUCGAGGCUGUGGCAGCCAUUGCAGAUGCAGCAGUCUAAGAAGA